UGAGCGUGAGUCAUAAUUUAAAAUAGUAAUUAAUUAGUUGAUACAAAAUCACACAGUUUAAAAGCGCGUAAAAGUAAAUAAAUACAUUUUUUGCAUUUUCAAAGUAUACCUAUUCAUUCUACAAAUUCACAGGGUAUAAUCACAUACCUACAUCAAGAUACCUACCUACGUAGUUAUCUCCAUAAGUUAUCUCUGCCUACAUACAUUUUUGAAUUUCCAAUUUGCAAUAUUGUGCAAUGUUUUCACAGAAUUGAUUUUUUAUAUGUAUAGAAUCAUAUAGAAUCUUACUUGGUUGUGAUUGUACAAAUUUUUACAAUUUUCUACUAAUUUUUAGAACUUAAGGGUUUCACAAAGACAGACAUGGCUGGCGAAGCAUUAGAUUUCAAAUCUCAAUUUUACAAUCUCGAAGGAAUUCAUGUAAAUGAGAGAAAAAAGAGCCUGAGUCAACUGCUGCGCAGAUAUCCCAAUAAUAUUGAUAACACCCAGAUCGAUAUCCAACCGAGAAACUACUUGGAAAGAAUAUUUUAUGUAGACGUUCUUAUUCAUUUCCGUAAAACAGAGGAGUUAACAAAGAUCCUAAAAGAAGGAAAUGGUGUGUUAACCAGCAAGAUUUUGAAAGAGAAAUGGUUCUUUCAGCAGGUGUUUGAAAAAAUGGAUGAAAAGGAUAUAGUUUAUAGUUUUUUGCCAUCCUUGUCUUGCUCAUUACGAGCAAAAGUAUUAAAGAAACUGGCCCUGUCUUUGACUGAAGAGAAAAUGGACAAGAUUGUGGAACAUGUCUUAGCAAGAUAUGGCAUCAAUGCAACUGAACAAAUCUUAUUCAGUUGUUCAGAAAGCAAAUUUCUAGAAAUUCUGAGUAAAUACGACCUGAAUUUACAACCGGAACAGUUAAAACGCAUCUUACAGAAAAAUCCCGAAUUGAUAAAAAAAUAUUUCGAAAAAUACAAAGACACUCACGGAAAAGAUUACGGUAACAUAGAUUUUCUGAACUAUCUGUGCUGGAAACAACCCACCCUGUAUUUUGGGUUUGAAUUAAACAAAAAACAACUCAAACUAGGCAGAUACACGACAAGGAAUGUCUUAAAAAACAACCAAGACGAAGUUAUCAAAGAUAUUUCGAUUCAACAGCAUAAACUGAAGAAAUCUGUUCUAACUAGAGACAUUGAGGAUUUUCAUAUAAAAUGUUUAUCGAAACUUCUACCCGAAAAAUUACAGGAUCUUGAAAGUUUUAGAAACCAAGAAAUUUUAAACAGAUUCAUCAGCACAUACCCUAAGAAAAAACGUUUUGAAAUUAUGUCACAAGUAUUCAAAAUUAAAUAUAACAAAAACUUAGAGGAUCAUCUUCAAUUAUUUAACAGAGAUUUCGCUUGGGUAUUCCCGGAAAAUAUCCGUCACAAGUGGGCUAGUCUAAUGUACACCCAAAAAAAUGAUUCAGUAUACUUAUCAUACUAUCCCCCUAAGUUGGGCUUCGAAAUAAUCAAAGAAAAACUAAAUCUAACUUCAAAUGCUCGACAAAGGUCCACAUAUUUAAAUCAACUGAUUCCUCUUUGCUAUAUAAACAAGGAUUAUGCUACAUACGAGGAAGUACUGAAGUAUAUAUCUAUCAGACAUAGAAACGAUGGACUAGAGGAUGUGUUGAGGUAUAUCUAUAACAAUUCAGAUCCUGAAUUGUUCACGGCAAAUCACUGGAAGUAUAUUCGUGAAUUGAUUGACAUUGAAACAAUUAAGGGGAGGUUCCCGAUAAAUGCAAACCCUUAUUUGGUUUAUUUGGUUGAGAAAAAUUUGCCUUUGGACGAAGUUCUUAAACAACACAUGAGAGAUCGUUUUAAAAUAAUUAAUAUAUUUAGAUUAAACGACAUCAACAAACCGAAAAUUGAAAGUAUCUUAUUGCGAAAAAUGGAAAAGUUAAUAUCUGACAGUCCUCCAUCUGAAAGAAAACGACACGCCAUCUGUGUUCUCAAAUCGAUAAUGUCGUUCAAUGAAGAUUUUCCCGCCUUUUCCGUAGAUUUAAAUACCUGCGAAAACAUAAUCGGUUUCAUGAAGGAAACUUGCAAGAAAGAGGAACCCUACGAGGAUCAGGACUUUUCCUUAAUAUCGUCCCUUCUAAAAUACAAUUCCCUUAACCUAGACAACUCUUUAAAAAUAUGCGAUGAUGAUCGACUCCUUGAAGUCAUCAAGCAAAUGGGCAAAAACAAAUUGACAUCUUGUAUUUUUUAUAAAUCUAUAGAUGAGUUUAUUGCUAAACAGCCUCGAACAGAAUUUGGAGAACGUUUGCUAGAUUUGUAUUUGUCAGAUUUUUUUGGAGAGAUCAUUAAACAACAAUACUACAUAACAACAAUUGUACCACGUCUCUUACAGAACGAGCCUUCUGUAUUUAAAAAGUAUUUACACUCGAUUCUUAAAAAUAAUCUUGCACUUGAUUAUAAAUACAGAGUAAUAAAAAACUACAGUCAUUUAGGCUUAGACCGACAAAUAAUAAACCAUUUUAUACCUCUGGUUAACGCUCCAAACGAUAACGAAAAUCUUGUUUUUAAAGCCUUGUCAAAUUUAAUGGACACAAAAGAAUACAUUGAUAUAAUUCAAACUUAUUUACCUAGAGAAAAGAAACUGAAUUUAAGGUCAGAGGAUGACGCGAGUUUGUAUAAGAUUCAGGUUCAGGUAAUCAAAAGUUUGAAAAAUUUGAGCGAACCUCUUCAACUAAUACCUGUAUUACCCACUCUAUUACAAGGAGACUAUCUUCAAAUUAGUUUAAAACUGUUGUACAGAAUCCUGAAUCAAGUUAACGAAAACGAAGCUUCUGGUUAUGUAGAAAGUUUGAAAAAACAACCGGUAUCGCUAAGGAAACAUUCAGUGUCUCUAGGCUUUAUUCUGCUACCUAUUAAUGAAGCUGUCAGUCUGUUUAAUGCUGUAUCAAAGACCGAGAACAAUAUUUCUGUAAAGAAAUACUUGCUUCGGUCGAUUCUGAAGUAUUUCAUUAGGAACCCCUCGCCUUUCCUACUUGACAUAGUCGUUUCUAACCUCGAAAAUAUAACAGUCAAUGAUGAUGAACUACUGCAAGAAGUAGCAGAGUCUGUGAACAAAGUGCCUAACCGAUAUAAGUGUGGUUAUGUAGAAAAAGUUUGGGAUAGAUUCGAGGAAUUCAAUGAUGACCUUAAGUUGACUAACAGUAAGCUGACAGUUUUGAGGUUUAUUAACCAGUUAAAUCUGGAUCUUUUUUCGAAUUUUGAUGAAAGAUUUUGCGAAAAAGUUAUAAAAAAAUACUUUCUUACCGAGAACACGACACUGAAUGUCAACGGUUUCGUGCUAAGGUAUCUUGUAGCGAAUCAGACAGAGAGUAGGUUUAAAUUUGUGUUUGAAAUUAUUAAAAAUUAUAAAAACAAACAUGAUAAGACAAUGAAACUUUUGUUUACAUUCUUUAAUUCAGCUUGCAACAAAUUUGACUUGUAUGAUGUCAGUUUUUUGAAAACUUUCACUCAGUACUGGCAUGAAAUUUUUACUCAAACCGAACAUUUUUCUGGGUACUGUGACUUAAAGCUUCUGGAAAUAUACAGGAAUAAUAUUUCAAACGUUCAAGCAUUCGCAAAGGAUGUUAAUGAGUACUUUGAGGCGCUCACGUCACAGUAUGGUCACUACAUCAACUUGUUUUUGUUUGAAAGUGUUAACUCGCUGUUUUCAAGGAUACAUAGUGGAAAUAGUGACGAUUUUACGUUGGAGAAAUUCGCUGUACAUUUGUUGAAAGCGAACAUGUCAGAAAUGAAUUGUUUCAUUGCGAUGAACAUUGUAACACAAGAGUAUAACGACUUCGAAACAAAUGAAGUGAUAGAGAUACUAAAAGAACAAAAAAAUCAUAUUGGGGAAGUCUUUUAUUAUUCGUUAUUGAAGCAAUAUAGUGCCUUUUAAAUGCGCCUUAUAAUUUAAAGGUAGGGUUUACCAAAAAAAGUCCCAAAAAAUUGAUGCAGUAUUAUUUUUUUUUAUUAUUAAAUAAUUAAGUUUUUUUCCUUGUCCUUGUAUGUUUAUGAAAAUGGGUACGAAAACGUAAAAUCAAUUUCUGAACAACUUUUCUCUUUAGCUGAAAGAAAAUUCUUAUAUGACACAUCAUGUUAAAAUUAUUGCUUAUUGAUUGUUUUUAGCAUGCUGAAUUAAUUGCCCAUUACAUUUUUUGCGUUAAUUCGAUAAGUUUUCUCCAUUUAUUACACACUUUUUGGUACACCCUGUAUGUUGGUUAGGUGACAAUAAUCCAUACUAUACCGGGUGUCUCUCAAUAGUGGCUCAUCCCUAUAACUUUUUAUUUUUUCAGGUAAACAAAAAGGAUUUGAUACGUUAGUAUAUGACAUAAAUCAAGAUUGAUUGACGCAUUCAAUUGU